AUGAGAUUCACUUCAGUUUUGAGACAAAUACCCAAGUUGAAGUUGUCGGAGGUAAUAGUAAGAGCAGGUGAAGGUUUGCCAACUGGUAUAACAGGAAUUUACAAACAUCCAAAUCCAAGACCAGCUCUUGUCACUUUGUAUCAUGAACAGUUGAAGGUGCUAAACGACAAGUUCCCAAAAGAUUCAGUGUACAGACAAUCGGUCGAACAGUUGACAAAGAAUAGAUUGAAAGUUGUGGAAGAAGAAGAGAUUACUGAAAAUAUAGAAAAUAAAAUCGGAAAUGGAUUAAUUGAGGAACUUGUCAUUCAAGCUGCCGAAGAGUUGAACUUGAGUCAUGAGUUGUCUGCUUUGAAGUGUUGGGAAGAGUUGGAGGAGAAACCGUUGGAUGACCAAUGGGUCUAUUUUGGUAAGAAAAUCUAA